CCCGUCACCGAAAUCAUCCCCGAAACGGUGGUGAGCCGGGAAUUCCCGCGCUGGGUGCACGUGGCGGAGCCCAUCUAUUAUUUCCGUCACACGCACGCACCUGUCAGCGAUGGGACAGUGGAGGCGCGGGCCACCCUCACCUGGACCCUGAACCCCCAAAUCGACAACGAGGCACUCUUCAGCUGCGAGGUGAAGCACCCGGCGCUCUCCAUGCCCAUGCAGUCCGAGGUGACGCUCGUUGCUCCCAAGGGCCCGAAGAUCACGAUGACCCCCACGAGAGCCCGCGUUGGAGACACCGUGCGGAUCUUGGUGCAGGGUUUCCAGAAUGAAGUCUUCCCCGAGCCCCUCUUCACCUGGACGCGGGUGGGGAGCCGGCUUCUCGAUGGCAGCGCCGAACACGAUGGAGAGCUGGUGCUGGAGCGGGUCCCGGCCGAGCUCAACGGCUCCAUGUAUCGCUGCACUGCCCAGAACCCCCUGGGCUCCACCGACACCCACACCCGGCUCAUCGUUUUCGAAAACCCAAAUAUUCCCAGAGGAACAGAGGACUCCAAUGGUUCACUUCCCAGCCGCCGCGGCUUCAGACUAGUUUUGGCACUCACCCUAACAGUGAUCCUGGAGCUAACGUGAAGCUUCGCCUGCCUCUUCCUCCUCCUCCUCUUCCUCUGUACGGCUCCACCCGGCAUUUACAUCUCCGUCAAUCGGUUCUCUCGCUCUCUUUUUUUUUUUUUUCUAUACUAUUUACAGUCUCUCUUUCUGUCCGUGUCUUGGCUUCCUCAGACAAUUUAAUUAAAAGGAAAAA